GCCAAACUUUCUACAGUGUUUGUGUGAGUGAUUUGCAUGACACAUUUUCGACUUCAAAACUCAUUCUGCACUAUCGAAAUCAGGUAACUUAUGAACUUUUGUAAUUCAAGCUCUAGUGGUGAAUUUUAUUGUCCUCUCACCAUUUCUGAUUUAGAUUUAAGCCCUCUUAAAGAGGUUAGGGUUAAGAGCGAGAGUGAUAUUGUGCGUGAGUUAGAGUUUUUUGAAGAUCCUGACUGCAUCCCUCCUCAUACUCUGUGCAGUGAAAGUUACGAGACCGAGGAGAUGUCUUUUGAAGAAACAUUGAGCAUUGGGGGGAACGAGGAACUAAGGAUGUUAGAGUACAAUGAUAUAAGCAUCGAGAGUGAAUCGUCUGGGUCUAAGCGGACAGAGGGAAGGGUAGGGAGAAAUGAGGUUGUUAAGGUUGGGGCAGAAGAAGUGCCUGUUAAUAUAUUGGAAGUGGGAGAUAGGAGUGAUAAGUGUUAUGAUAGUGGGGCAUAGGGGUGGGCAUCGGUUCGGUUCGGUUGGAACCGAACCAGAAUUGACGAUUUUAAUCGGUUGUUUAUUUUGUGAAAUAACAACCAAAAAUCGAACCGAAUAAUAUUUCAGUUUUUUG